AUGAGCAAGCCGCCUGUCGUCUGCGACAAUGGCACCGGGUUUGUCAAGUGCGGCUUCGCGGGCGACAACUUCCCUGCGCACAUCUUCCCGUCGAUCGUCGGCCGGCCCAUCCUCCGCGCCGAGGAGAAGGUGGGGCAGGUCCAGCUCAAG